GUUUAUUUAACAGAUGAAUAAGCCAGACUUGGCUAGGUUCACACAACGCGCUAAGCGCUAAACAAACACACCACCUUGUGGCACAGGGCGUGGCACGAGGACCCACUCCCAUGCCUGUCUUCAGCCUUCCCUCGACAGCUGGCUCCCACUUCCUUCGCAAUGAGGACAAACAGGAUUAAUCGGGCUCCAGGCUGCCGAAUGCAUUCCCUCCCCCCUUCUGACGCCAGCGGGUGUCUUUCAACGUGGAGAGGCUGCUGCACUUCGGAGCCCCCUGCUCCUCCCGCAGAGGGGGCCUCGUCCCGCCGUGGAGGCCCCGGGCGCUCCCUCGUCUCAUCCCCAUCCGGGCUUCCAGAUGCCGCAGCCGAAGCUUGCUCAAUGAAGAGUCCAGGAAUGGCCGUGUUUAAACAACAAAAGGUCGAGGACCUGUAUGAAAUCGGGGAGGAGCUGGGCAGCGGGCAGUUUGCCAUUGUGAAGAGAUGCCGGGAGAAGGCCACGGGGCUGGACUACGCGGCCAAGUUCAUCAAGAAGCGCCAGAGCCGGGCCAGCCGUCGCGGGGUCCGGCGCGAGGAGAUCGAGCGGGAGGUGAACAUCCUGCAGCGGAUCCUGCACACCAACAUCGUCCAGCUGCACGAGGUGUACGAGAACAAAACCGACGUGGUCCUGAUCCUGGAGCUAGUAUCUGGAGGAGAACUUUUUGAUUUCCUGGCCCAGAAGGAGUCGCUGAGUGAGGAAGAAGCCACGCGGUUCAUUAAGCAGAUCCUGGACGGGGUCAACUACCUGCACACCAGGAAGAUCGCCCAUUUUGAUUUAAAGCCUGAAAAUAUUAUGCUGCUUGACAAGAACCUUCCCAUCCCGCACAUCAAACUGAUCGACUUUGGUCUGGCCCAUGAAAUAGAAGAGGGAGUGGAGUUCAAAAAUAUUUUUGGGACGCCAGAAUUCGUAGCUCCAGAAAUAGUGAAUUACGAGCCGCUCGGGCUGGCGGCUGAUUUGUGGAGCAUUGGAGUCAUCACUUAUAUAUUGCUCAGUGGUGCUUCCCCCUUCCUUGGAGAGACCAAGCAGGAGACCCUGGCUAAUAUUACUGCAGUCAACUAUGAAUUUGAUGAAGAAUUCUUCAGCCACACCAGUGACCUGGCAAAGGAUUUUAUCCGGAAACUUCUGGUGAAAGAUACACGGAAACGACUUACAAUCCAGGAAGCGCUCAGGCAUCCCUGGAUCACGUCCAAAGAAGGCACAAAAGCCCAGGACAGCAAGCGGGCUGAGAACAGGCCACUGAAGACCAAGUGGCUGAGGGAGUACACCAUCAAAAGCCACUCGAGCAUGCCUCCAAACAACACCUACGUCACCUUUGAACGCUUUGCCCACCUGGUGGAGGAGGUCUCUGGGAUGGAGAAGAGCUUCGGCGCCCUGGCCGUGUCCCACGAUUCCUUGCAGGAGGACAUUGACACCCUGGUUUCCAUCUACAACGAGAAAGAAGCUUGGUACAAGGAAGAGCAUGAAAACGUGAAGCAUGAGCUUUCCCAGCUGAAGUACGAGUAUCGCAAGAUCGACUCCCUGAAGAAGCAUCUGAAAGAUGACGUCCAGGCAGUGGGGGCCAACCUUGCUGGGGUCACAGGGAAGUAUACCGACCUGCAGUCGCACUACGAAUUGCUGAGCAAGGAGCUGUCGGAAGAGCUCAGGUGGAUGCAAGACUUAACGGGCAGCUUUUGGCCGGAGGGCCGGGCCGAGGGCCACGCGCCGGCAAACUUCGGCUGCGUCGUCCGCAAGGACAUCAACGACUCUCUUAUGGAGCUGCUAAACAGAUCGUGCUGUGAAGAAUUCCUGGCAGCCUUAAACCUGGGCAUUACAAAACCGAGUCAGUGAUGGUGCUGAAAAUGCCAUUCGGAUCGAAGUGUUUAUAUUUAUGCCGCCUGUUUCAGUCUGAAUUGGCGAGGAAUGGUCUUGACAGGCGCUUGCUCUCAUUCAGGAGGCCUGCAUGCUAAACUGACAUCUUUGGUUUGUUUAUCUUUGAGCAAAGGUUAUUCGACAGACACUUGUUACCCUUGUAUUUUUAUGUGUCUCCGUGAAAAUAUGUCACAGCGGAGACGCCUUGGGGCUGUGGAUGUUGCCUGUCACGGGUGGAUCCCACUGAAUUUCUAAGAAGGCGAGCUUUGCCUUUUUUUUAAAGCCUGCCCUAUUUUUAUCCUUUGAAAGAUGGCCUUAGCUUACCUUCGCAGCAGAAGACCUCCUCAAUACUUGAUUGUGGACCAGCGUCCUUAAAAGCUUUUAUUUAUUGCUAGGCUGCAGCAAUAAAGAGGCAUUGAUUUUCUUUUGCUUUAUUUUUAAUAAUGAUGGAGCCAGAUGUGCAGCCUACUGCCCUGCAAAGCGUUCUGGCUGAAAGCAGGUCUUGUGAAUGCGUCCGAGAAUAAACGGAGGGUUCUGAACAAAUCUGCACAGAUCCAUACCUCCUCAGACGCGCUGCGUAAGGCGGGGCCUUCAGCCUGGACAUUCGUCUCACUCCAAAUAAACAAACCAUCUCAGCCCAGUUAAGACAUCAAAUCUCUCAGGAACGAGAGAACUAAUUUUCUUAUGCAGAUGAUUAAAAAAUGAAAGAGGGAGGUGACAUGGAAGAUGCGUUUCUGGUUUGCUGAUCUUGUUCAGAUAGCGUCCACUUUGCCAGCUCGUUAACUGAUCUGAGAGAUCAAGACCCAAUAAAUAUUUGUUUAAUACAGUGUGGUUUCUAGGCAUACCUUUUGUUCAAACACCCUGCAGGAUGUUCUUGCGUGUUGUGGGGAAUUCCACUUUGUCCUUGUUUCUUGGGGAGACUAGCAGUUACUUAGAAAUUAGUUUCCUCCCAGGUCAGCCAUAGCAUGACCUGCAAUGCUCAGGAACUACUUGAUGAAGGAGGUGAACCGCAGUUUUGCACUGCAUGGAAAGGAAGAGGGGACCUUUUGCGGAGAAAGGAGGAACUGAGGUUGGAAUAAAAUGGGGGGGGGAGUCCAGACACCAGCUGCUUAGUGAGCUGUCUUCCCCUCAGUCCCACAUUCACCUUCUAGACUGCAGAAGUUACACCCUUCCCAGGAAAGCUACAGAAGGAAGCUCAGUUGCAGUAGAGGGCCUCCUGAGAUCUUCCGAUGUUCUCUGGAUCUUCUCAGGCCUUGAACUGAAGCAAAUUUCUCCCUGGGACUGAAGCUAGUUUUCAACCUAGUCUUGUAUUACCUUUUAAUGUGUGUAAACCAUCCAAAGUCUUCUGGAGUUGGGCAGCAGAUAAAUAUGGUAAAUAAAUGAACAAAAGCACAGCAAAUAAAUAAAUAUUUCAGAGAGCAUCUUGGUCAGCUGCCUGUGGUUUUUCCUCAUCUAAAAGGUAUAUCCCUGAAACUAUAGGCUCAUAUUUCAGUGGCGAAACGUUUGCAUCUGUAGGACUGUUAGGGCAUGGUGACGGUAGUAUUGUAAUUUUAUAGAGGGCAUUUAGUGUGCCCAGCAUGUCACAAAAACAAGGAGAUGGGUCCUCCUCUAAGGAGCUUGCAGACUAAAAUUUAACGCCUGUGUAGGAAAACCCAGGGAGAAAGCAGGUGAACAAGGAAGCCGAGAUUAAGAAAAAAGCCAGGCCGUUUCCAGGCUGUUUACGCGUGAACCAGGGCCAAGCCGUGCUAUUUCUGCUUGGUGGGCCAAGGAACGCUGUGCCUCAUCUUGUCACCUCUUGUC